AUGCAUUUGUUCCAUACCGAUUAUGAAACAGAAGCCAUUUAUUGGGCUGUUGAUAGUCGUGAUUACCUUAGCAUCGAUCAUCACAAUUCUCAGCUUCUUCGAUUGUCCAAUCCCAUCCACAACACUGUGUGGCGCCUUAGGUCCAAUUUAGGUGUUCCGAUGCCCGAGCCUGAUCCUGAUUCUGAUGAGGAUGAGCCCAUUCCUGAUGCUGCUGCUCCAGUGCAGCAAGAACUUGUCAUGCAUCCCCAUCAUGACAUGUAUAUGCAAGAAUUUCGUAGGUUGCAUGAAGACAAUCGGCGUUUGCAUCGUGACUAUUCUAAACUUUAUGAUAGUGUUUGUGAGAUAAAUACUGAGAUGGUGGAGUUUAGGGAAGAGUUUUAUACCUUUAGAGACAAUCAACAAGCCCGCAACCAACAUGUGGAUUUCCUUGUGACCGACAUGCAUAGGGAAAUUCGUUUGUGUUUGAUUUUGUUGGCUUGUUUAGCAUUAGAAGUUUAUUUUGAAGCCAAUAAUUAUGAUUAUAUGGUUCUAUUUUGUAUAUUUGUUGUUGUAUAUUUCUUUUGCGCUCCUGAUAUGGUUAUGGAUUUAUCUCCUAUUGUGGAUUACCGAGAGUUGACAUGGAUUUUGGAAGAAGAUAUGAAGAUUGUGCAACCACAAGCUAUUGAAGAGCAUGAGGAGAAAACUAAGAAGAAUGGGAUAUGCCUUACCGACGCCGAGUGCCCUCCACCUUAA